AUGCCGAUGUCCGGCCCCGACGGCCCCUCCUUCCCGUGCGACGACGGAAUGCAGCUGGCGCCGGCGUGGCGGUCGACCUGCGCCGGGCCCGUGCGGGACAUCCAGAUCUCCCCCCAGGGCGUGGUGGCGGCGGCCACGGAGGGCGGCGUGCGGCUGUACACCGGCGAGCGCGACUUCGAACUGCGCCACGAGCUGCGGACAUGCCCCGCGGGCAUAACCGCGUUCGCGUUCUCGCGCAGCGGCCAGGAGGUCAUAACGGGCGCCAACGACGGGUUCCUCAAGUGGUGGGACGUGCACACGGGGGAGGAAAUGGCCUCUACCCAAUUUCCGGCGGCCAAGGGCGACGAGGAGGGCGAGGAGGAGGGCGCCGGCGGGCAGGCGCCCCCGGUGUCCGCGCUGGCGUGCUCGAAGGAGGGCGAGCUGGUGGCGGCCACGGGCGGACGGAGCGUGUGCAUCUUCGGGCACGGGGGCGUCCACCUGCACACGAUCGAGCAGCUGAUCUCUGCCGUCGUGGCCAUGGAGUGGCGCUCCAGCUACGAGCUGGCGGUGAUUGUGGGAUCUGGCAUACAGAUGUUCACAAUCACGGAAGACAAGUGCGACGUGGGCGCGGGGCUGAGCGCCGAGAACGGCGGGGGCAGCCUCACGGCCGUGGCCUCUGCCCCUGGUGGAAAACUGCUGGCCGCAGGGUGCAGCAAUGGCUCGGUUCAAAUAUGGAACCUGGAAAAUGAGGAGGAACAAAGCCUAGUGUCUGUAAAGGGCAUCCAGAACACUUAUGAUGCUGAGGUGGGCUGCCUGGCUUGGGAUGAGAGCGGGAGUUUCUUGGCAACAGCUGGUGGUAGCGAAGUCAUCGUGUGGGACAUGGGCGACAACGGCACAGAUGCAAAGGAUGGAAAAGAUGACUACAUUGUGUGCAUUGGCCACGAGAAGAAAGCAAAGAUAACCGCACUGGCAUUUCAACCUGCUGGGAAGCUUCUGGCCACGGGUGCCAACGACAGCCAAAUCGUGGUGUUCAACUCAACAAAUUUCUCCAUGGGCACCAGCGAGAACAUGGGCCGUGGCCUUGUGCCAUCGUUCAGCAGUGGACGUGCUGUGCCAGACGGCAAUGGGGGCGCUGUGACAGCGAUCGCCUGGCAUCCCACAGGCCUUGUGUUCGUUGGGACAUCAACAGGCAGCAUCGGCGCAUUUGAUGUUGUGCCAGGGGUGGAGAGUGUGCCUGCCAAGAAAGACAUCCCCUCUGGCGAGACGCCCUUCCUGAUUCCCCAGAACGACUAUGUUAUGCCAUCAGUGCCCAUACCAGAACCUGCCCCUCAGAAUACACAUCGCCGAACACCAAGACGGGGCAUGGGCCACGGACCCAUGGGCAUGGGCUGGGCUGGAGUGCCGCUAAUAGAGGGCAGCCCGGGAGGGGAGAGCCACAGCAUGGGGCAAGAAAGGUGGACCUUUGGCCAUCGCAAGGUCACCAACGGAGGGAAUGCGGGUGUGGCAGGCAAGAAGGGGCCACGGCAUCCACCACCCACAGGAAGGGGCAUGUUCAAUCCAGACAAACCCGCAAGGCCCCAUUACCCUGAAGGUGCACAGGCAUGGCCCACCACGGUGAUGCACCCUGGAAUGAGUGUCAUGCGGUGGCCGCCAGUGGCCUACAGUCCUCAGAUGCAGUAUCCUGGCUACAUGCCACAGCAGGUGCCACAGGCCCCUGUCGUGCCGCCUUAUGGUGUUCCGCACAAUUCCCAAACUGGUUUUGUAAAGCAGAUUGCAAUGCCCGGCGGUCCAAGCGUGCCGCGCAUUCCGAUGCCCCCCCAGCCGGGUGCCCAGUACCAGAUGGCAUAUGUGCCAUACCCCCAGCCAUACCAAAUGGCUUAUCCACCACAGUACUUCACGUACAUGGGUCCCCAGCACAUGCAGGAUCAGAUGCCUCCUCACCCUCCUCCUGUCAUGGGUCCAGGAGGAAUGCCAAACCCAGCAGGACAGGGACCAAAUUCGAAGGGCCUGCAGCGGGAGGCCAGCUCAAACGACCUAAACGAAGAUGCUACUUCCAAGUCAUCAGAGCGCACAAACAAUGGGGUGAACAGCAUGGGGCCUGUCACACCGUCUGAAAGCUCCACAUCGUAUGACCAGGACAACGGGCGGAUGUCUCAGGGCGUGGUCACCCUGUACAUUGGAAACCUGGCCCCCAACGUGGAUGAGAACUUGCUGCUGAACUACUUUGCUGUCUUUGGCCAGAUCACAAACGUCCAGGUUAUUCGUGACCGCGACACCAAACAGUCCCGAGGCUUUGCCUUCAUCACGUAUGGCCACCCUUACUUUGCCCAGACCGCAAUGACGAACAUGGAUGGCGCAACCAUUCCUGGGCCAUUUGAAGGGCGGCGCCUGAAGGUUGCUUUCUCCAACCGCCGCCCUUGA